UACGUCCAUACUAAGUUCUAUCGGUUCUAUCCACAUAUCGGUUCUAUCCCGCCACUGCUUCUAUGAAUGCGAUACCGCGAUUACAUGUGCGAUACAGCACGGCUCUGCGAUACAGCAGAGCCGUAUAUGUCUAUGCCUCUAUUAUUGUGUUUUCAGGGUUUCAUCAGUUUCCUGCAGUUUCCUAUCCUCUGUAGCCCGCUGCCCGCUGCGCUGUAGUCUUCCUGAAAGCUUGUAAAACUAACGAUGGAUGGACGGAUGAUGGAUGAAUAUUGACUGUACAGAAUAAUUCGUACGAUUGCGGACUCCACGUGCUCUAUAAUCUUCAGCAAGUGCUAGUACAACAACUGCCACUUCCACGUCAACUUGCAAUGGCAUCUAAAGGAGGGAAGGUCCUGAGCUACCACGAUGUUCUGUUAAGGGAAUCGGACGUAGCGUUUCUGGGAGGACCUCACUGGAUUAACGACAACCUCAUCGGCUUCUGGAUGCAGUAUCUAGAAAAAGAAGUCUACAAAGGGCAACGUAACCAAGUAGAAUUCGUCACCCCUGACGUGGUGCAGUUCAUCAAGCUCGGCGCGCUUCAGGACGUCUCGGAGCAGCUGAAGUCGCUGGAACUUAAAUGCCGAUCGUUGAUCCUAUUGCCUGUGAACGACUGCACAGAAUUUGAGUUGCCUGGUGGCUGCCAUUGGAGUCUUCUUGUGUAUGAGGCGAAAAAGAAGAUAUUCGAGCACUACGAUUCCUGCAAAGGUUCAAAUUCUGUGCAUGCCAGACGCAUCGCAGAAGCUCUGAAGUCGUUACUUUGCCUGGAGUCGGCGCAAGUCACAGAGGUUAGCUGCACGCAGCAGAAUAAUUCGUACGAUUGCGGACUCCACGUGCUCUAUAAUCUUCAGCAAGUGUGUGCUCAACGUCUUCAUCGUGGAGAGUUCACGACUGACUUUUGUGCCCUUUCGGACAGAAUGGAACACAACAGGAAUGCGUUACUGCGACUUAUUGCGUACCUUGCUGAACAAAACUGAUCUAUUUUUAUUAAAAACGUUUGUGUUUGUUGAGUGGUAGUUUCACAACAGCUGAACCCCAGUGGGCUUGACGGGUUUUACCAGUUUGACAAAUGUCACACUUUGGACCUAAGGUACGAGUCUGAGCUUUUUUUUUUUAUAUUUUCUUUAUAAAAGUUUGUAACAACAACCUCCUUCUGUAACAGAGCAGUCGCUCUCGAAGAAGCUUUGUAACCACUAUCCUUUUAUUGAACGCUCAAAAAGUUUCACUGCCAUACGUCGUCUGCUGCUGGACUACGAAACUGAAAUAAAUCGAGAAACCACGGGCACGAACAACCAUUGCAACCAUCUUGCGACAAAAAAAAAAAAAAAA